GCGUUAGUUACGCUCACAACCGGCAUUGAUCGAUAAAAUUGCUCAGCUACAAACAUAAUAAACUCAAAAUACUCGUCGAAAGUGUGACGGUGAAAAAUUAUCAGAAUUUUGCGAAAUAUCAUUUAAUCGCAAAUGAAGUGUCGAAGCGUAAAGUGCAUGAGGAGCUCGCUUAGAAUUUUCAAUUCAAAGAAGAAGAGAAAAAUACAAACAAAAAUUCAAAUCAUUACGAAUAUAACAGAAAAUUAGAAAAAGAAAAACAGCAAAGAAAGCAAUCAAAUCAAUUAUUGUGAGUGAACGAACGUAGGAGGGAGGUGUUUUUGUGAUCUUGAGAAAGUAUGAACCCCAUAUUCCCGCCGAGCUUCUCACAACCGGUUCAGCCACCUCAGUGCAAAUCUGUACAAUUAGCCCAUCAGCUUAUGGACAGCACCACCAUGGCCACACAAUUUAGUCGCCGCUUCGAACAGCUAUUACACUCCGAGAAAUUCUACGACUGUGUUUUCCACAUUGCCGGCGGGGCACAGCUGAAGUGUCAUAAAUUAAUAUUGUCCACAGCGAGCCCAGUAUUCGAAGCCAUGUUCUAUGGACCAUUGCGCGAGCAACAACAAGAAAUCGAAAUACUCGAUAUAAGCGCUGAGAUAUUUCAAAUGCUACUAAAUUACAUAUACGCCGGUACCAUUGACUUUGAGCUGCUCUCACUGGAAGAGGCUAUCGAGCUUUACUAUUGUGCUGAGAAAUAUUUAGUUGCAGAUUUGUCGCAGAGUUGCCUGCUGGCGAUAGCACGUAAGCUGCGCUACACUAAUAUACUACCCGCUUUGGAGCUUUGCGUAUGCAUGGAAUUGCGUGAUUUGUUGGAAGUGUGUAUGUCAUUUUUCACGCGCUGCUGUCUGAAUAAUCCGCAAUAUAUGACGUCACACAAGCGUCACUAUGUACAUGUUUCCAAGGAGUGCAUAAAGGCAAUAAUAGCGGCAAAUAAAGGAGAGAAGACAAGCAAACAGCUGCUCUGGUUCGUCUAUGAAUGGUGUCAGCAGGAAUGCCACGAGCUCGGUCUACAGCAGGAGGACUGCGCAUUGAUUAUCAGCGAUCUACAAUUACCAACAGCUGGCGAUGUGGAGUGCGACUACAAAGCACUCAAAGCACAACGCGAACAAUGCAACUCAAUCGAACGGAGUUAUUUCAAAGCAUGCCGUCCCUUUACCAUAGAUCAGGAUAACUACACAUGGACCGUAUAUGUAAAGUGUAAUCGCUUUAUAGCUCUACGUGGACUUAUUAUAUGUAGUCGUCUUACACCGAAUCUAUCACCACCACUGGCGCACUAUGCGCUCAACGCCCAGCCCAGCGAGUACAGCGAAAAUUUACAAAUUGAAAUCUUAGCACCCGCGCGUAAUGCCAACGAUGAUCAACAACAGCCGCAGCACGCCGUCGAUGGUAGUGAUGGUGAAAGUGAAGAAAGCGAUCAAGAAGCCAAUGCCGAGACUGUUAUUUGGCAACAUAAAGUUACAAAACAACCGACAAGAUAUAAUUGUGAUAUGAAUAUCGAGUGGGGAGAUGGUCUGAUGAUAACACCCGAUAUUGAGUAUAAAAUCAGGCUGAUAUGGCGUACAGAUGCAUUUGGUUCUGAGUAUCCGUGUAGUUUGCAAUCCUUCCUGGUGGAUGGCAUACGCUUUAGAGAUGUGCCAUUGCAAGCGGGCAGCUUAGUGAAGGGUUUAAAAUUUACAAAUUUAGUUGAAUAAGUAAUAGCUUAGUAGAUACAUAAAUAUAUGUAUUUAUGUACAUGUAUGUAUGUCGAGUGAAGAGCAAGCACUCGUUAAUGCUGUUUUUUUCUGUUCGGGUGAUAAGAUAGCAAUGAAAAUUACUAAGUUUUAGCAAGAAGAGGAGAGUAUAGUCUUUGGUCAAUCCAUUCUGAGCAAAAUUACAUCAUUUGAAACAAUACUGGCGCACGAUAGUAAUGUAGAAAGAACGAAGUGAUCACCCAGUAUUGGUGCAAAGCAUCUCAUCAAUCGGAGUUCAAAUACGGCAUAUGAAAAAAAAAACAUUAAUAAAAUUAAAGUGCAUAUAAAGUCGAGUUUCGUGCAUUGAUAAUUCUUUAAUUUUAAAUUUUUUUUUUGCACAACAAAUGAAUUUUUAGGUAUUCAAAAUUGUACGAGAUUCUUCAAAAUUUCUGUAAAGAAAAGAAGUAAAAAUAUUAAGCUGCCUUUAUACGGGACGAUUUCUAUCGACAGGCAAAUCAGAUAAAUAAAUCGACUGGAGAACUUACACCAAGGCUGCAUCGUAACUAUAAAUUUUUUUGUGUUAAUCUAAACAUUUUUAUCGUUUCGGUUGAAACAUUUGGA